AUGGCGCCUCUGACGAGACGCCGGAAGAAAGCUCUCGCCGCGGCGCCUCCAGCCCCGGCGAUCGAUCCCGCGGACAGCCUCAGCAAGCUCCCGGAUGAGGUCCUGGCGCAGAUCCUGUCGCUCCUGCCGGCGCAGGAGGCCGUGCGGACGUGCGUCCUCGCGCGGACUUGGCGCGACCUCUGGAAGAUCACCAAGCGCCUGCUCAUCUGGGGCCAAACCGUGGAGGAGCUCCGGGAAUUCGUGGACGGCCUGCUUCGCGUCCGCCUCGCCGGGCUCGAGUGCGCGCCCCUCGACGCGUGCGAGAUCAUACUCGAUCCGGUCCAGGGCUAUGAUGGGGCCACGAUCAAGGAGCUCUGGGUCGACAUGGGUGGUCAUAUGGACCUUGCCCUCUAUUUGCAGAUGAGCGGAAGCUCCAUCGUCUCGCGGCACUUGACCAGUCUAGAGCUCAGAGGCGUAUGGAUAUGCGGUGAAAAACUCGACUUCUCGGGCUCUCCUGCGUUGGAAGAUCUAGAGAUUAGUGACUGCAACUUGUAUGAUGUGGAAAAGAUUUCAUCACCAUCUCUUGAACGCCUGCUCAUCACAACCUGCGAGUUCUCUCACGAUGAUAGUGGCAAUGAAGAAGGUAAUUCAGAUGAUUCUGCUACCACAAAGUGUGUGCUCCUUGAAGGUUUAGCUCAAGCUAAAGAUCUAGAGAUGAUGGCUUCCCGCUCAACGUUUAUUUUCAGAAGGGAUUUGAGAUGGUGCCCCACAUUUUCCAAGUUGAAGACCCUGAUACUCAAUGAAAACUUCUGUGAGCCUGCUGAUCGUACACUGCCGUGUUUUCUUGAACAUACACCAGUUUUAGAGAUGCUCACAGUUCGAUCCAAAUACAAUGUGGAAAUCCAAGGACGCCCUGAUGCUACAGAUGAGUCAACUAAAAUAUUGGAAUACCUUCAGAUAGUCGAGGUCAAAUGUGAAAAGAUCAAUGAAAGAGUUCACAGCUUUCUGAAUUUCAUGGGGACACUUAACAUAUGUAAGAUGAUGACGUACUAA